CAAAAUUCAAGCUGCCUCUAAUCCCACUAGAAACAAGAAAAAAAAAAUUCAGGCUGCCUCCUCAAAAGAUCAGAGGCCAGGAAGGUUGUGAAAUCUGAAAUUUUAGAAUAAUUGUCAUCAUAGUGUUUCCAAUCAUAAAUAUCACAACUACUACUCAUAAACGGACAUAACCUUGCGUACAAGGUUGAAUGGGAAAGUCCCCCAGGGGGCGCCAGGUCUCAGCACGGGGCAGAAUCCACGCCUUGGAAAAGGACUGCACGGAAAGAACGGGCCUCACUCCGCGCCUUGUCUGCUGGCAGCUCCGGUCACUCAGGGCUGAAGGGGCGGGGCCUAAAGCCCUGUCCAAUCGGGCGCUGGGAAGGGGACUGUUCUCUCAAGCGCACGGCGAAAGGAGGGGGCAACUUCCGGGCCCUGGCGGGGCUUUUGUGUUGGGCAGCGAGACUCUGGCGAGCUCGGUGUGUCUCCGCCGCUCCUUCCCCUUAUCCCUGGGAGGUCCAAGUGGUUCUGCCGCAGCUUCUGUGGCUCUGGGACCUGCAGGUCCUGGAAGGGCCUUAGGGAAGACCCGAGACACCGGAGAGUGGGAAAUGGAUUCAGUGUCAUUUGAAGAUGUGGCUGUGGCCUUUACCCAGGAGGAGUGGGCUUUGCUGGAUCCUUCUCAAAAGAAUCUCUACAGAGAUGUGAUGCAAGAAAUCUUUAGGAACCUGGCUUCCGUAGGAAACAAAUCAGAAGACCAGAAUAUCCAAGAUGACUUCAAAAAUCCUGGGAGAAAUCUAAGCAGUCAUGUGGUAGAGAGAUUGUUUGAAAUUAAAGAAGGCAGUCAAUAUGGAGAAACCUUCAGCCAGGAUUCAAAUUUGAAUCUGAAUAAGGAAGUUUCUACUGGAGUAAAACCAUGUGAAUGCAGCGUGUGUGGAAAAGUCUUCAUAUGUCAUUCAGCCCUUCAUAGGCACAUCCUGUCUCACACUGGAAACAAACUACUGGAGUGUGAGGAAUGUCCAGAGAAGUUAUAUCAAUGCAAACAAUGUGGGAAAGCCUUCAUCUCUCUCACCAGUGUUGACAGACACAUGGUAACACACACUAGUAAUGGGCCUUAUAAGGGUCCAGUGUAUGAGAAGCCUUUUGAUUUUCCUAGUGUAUUUCAAAUGCCUCAGAGCACUCACACCGGGGAGAAAACAUAUAAAUGUAAACAUUGUGAUAAAGCCUUCAAUUAUUCAAGUUAUCUUCGUGAACAUGAAAGAACUCAUACUGGAGAGAAACCCUAUGCAUGUAAGAAAUGUGGUAAAUCAUUCACUUUUUCCAGUUCUCUUCGCCAACACGAAAGAUCUCACACUGGAGAGAAACCCUAUGAAUGUAAAGAAUGUGGCAAAGCCUUCAGUCGUUCCACUUACUUGGGAAUACAUGAAAGAACGCAUACUGGAGAAAAACCCUAUGAAUGUAUAAAAUGUGGCAAAGCCUUUAGAUGUUCCAGAGUCCUCAGAGUCCAUGAAAGGACUCACAGUGGCGAAAAGCCCUAUGCAUGUAAACAGUGUGGUAAAGCCUUCAAAUAUUCUAGUAACCUAUGCGAGCACGAAAGAACUCACACUGGAGUGAAACCUUAUGGAUGUAAGGAAUGUGGUAAAUCGUUUACUUCUUCCAGCGCCCUUCGAAGCCAUGAAAGGACUCAUACUGGAGAAAAACCCUAUGAAUGUAAGAAAUGCGGUAAAGCCUUCAGUUGUUCCAGUUCCCUUCGAAAGCAUGAAAGAGCUUAUAUGUGGGCCUGCACCCCAAAACCUGUCACUCUGGUUUCAUUCGGCCCGGUGUCUGAUCGCCCUUCCUGUCACUCAAGCCCUGAGGGGGCGGGGCCUGGAGCUCCAUCCAAUCAGCGGCGCCAGCGUGAGAACUGUCCAAUCAGGCGUGCAGCCAGAGAGGAAGGGGCGGCCCUGGGGAUGUGGCGGGGCCUUUGUCUCCUUGCGGCUAACGGGGUGCUGGGCUCGCGUUUGCUGCCUCCCGGAGAUCCCCGUGACCGCUGCAGGCCCUGUCGCCCUGUGGCCUGCAGGUACUGCGAGAUUUAUAGGGAGGCCGGCGGGACACCCAAAAGCUGGGAAAUGGGACUAUUGGCAUUCAGGGAUGUGGCUCUAGAAUUCUCUCCAGAGGAGUGGGAAUGCCUGGACCCUGCCCAGCGGAAUUUGUACAGGGAUGUGAUGUUAGAGAACUACAGAAACCUAUUCUCCCUUGGUGAGGAUCACUUCAAUAUGCAAUUCCUAUUUCACCGUCUUGCUAUGUCUAAGCCAGAACUGAUCAUCUAUCUGGAGGCAAGGAAAGAGCCCUGGAAUGUGAACACAGAGAAGACAGCCAAACACUCAGCUUUGUCUUCUUAUCUUACUGAAGACAUUUUGCCAGAGCAGGGUCUGCAAAUUUCAUUCCAAAAAGUGAUGCUGAGAAGAUAUGAAAGAUGUUGUCUUGAGAAAUUACGCUUAAGGAAUGACUGGGAAAUUGUGGGUGAGUGGAAAGGGCAGAAGGCAAGUUAUAAUGGACUUGACUUAUGCUCAGCAACUACUCAUAACAAAAACUUUCAAUGCAAUAAAUGUGUGAAAGGUUUUAGUAAAUUUGCAAAUCUAAAUAAACAUAAGAUAAGCCAUACUGGAGAAAAACCAUUCAAAUGCAAAGAAUGUGGCAAUGUCUCUUGCAUGUCUUUAAUAACAACUCAACAGCAGAGUAUCCAUAUUGGAGAGAACCCCUACCAACGUAAAAAAGGUAGCAAAGCCUUUAAUGAGCGCUCAUACUUUACUGACUAUAAGAGAAUUCGUGUUGGAGAGCAGCAUUGCAGAUGUGAAGAAUGUAAUAACGUCUUUAAGUCUUGCUCAAGUCUUGCUAUUAUUGAGAAAAUUCAUACUGAAAAGAAAACCUACAAAUGUGAAGAAUGUGGCAAAGCUUUUAACCUGUUCUCAAUUCUUACUAAACAUAAGAAAAUUCAUACUGGAGAGAAACCAUACAAAUGUGAAGAAUGUGGCAAAUCCUUUAAGUUGUUCCCAUACCUUACUCAACACAAGAGAAUUCAUAGUGGAGAGAAACCCUACAAGUGUGAAGAAUGUGGCAAAGUCUUUAAAUUGUUGUCAUACCUUACUCAACAUAAAAGAAUUCAUACUGGAGAGAAAACCUUCCAAUGUGAAGAAUGUGGAAAAGCCUUUAACCAGAGCUCACAUCUGACUGAACAUAGGAGAAUUCAUACUGGUGAGAAACCAUACAAAUGUCAGGAAUGUGGCAAAGCUUUUACUUGGUUCUCAUACCUUAUUCAGCAUAAGAGAAUUCAUACUGGGCAGAAACCCUACAUAUGUGAGGAAUGUGGCAAAGCUUUUACCUGGUUCUCCUACCUUAAUCAACAUAAGAGAAUUCAUACUGGAGAGAAACCCUACAAAUGUGAUGAAUGCGGCAAAGCUUUUAACUGGUUUUCAUAUCUUACUAAUCAUAAGAGAAUUCAUACUGGAGAGAAACCCUACAAAUGUGAAGAAUGUGGCAAAGCCUUUGGCCAGAGCUCACACCUUUCUAAACAUAAGACAAUUCAUACCAGAGAGAAACCAUACAAGUGUGAGGAAUGUGGCACAGCCUUUAACCACUCUGCACAACUUGCCGUACAUGAGAAAAUUCACAUCUGAGAAAAAUCCUACAAAUCUAAACAAUAUGGCAUAGUCUUUAAUACCUAUUCACAACUUCAUAGCAGAGUAUUUUUACUGAAUAAGAGUGUUACAAAUGUAAUGACUGUCAAAAGUCCAUUUACAAACUGUAAGCCUUUGAGUGCACUAAAACAUUUAGGCUAGGAACAAUACAAAUAGAAAAACCGGUUCAACACCUCCACUGAUAUCACAGCUCUUAUUGUACACAGAGGAAUUUAUACUGUAGGGAAACCUUCCAG